AUGGCAGGGUACAAGAAGCUUAACAGUUACUUCACACUCAAAAUCAGCGAGACCGCCAAGAUAGACGAGAUACUAUCCGACUGGAAUCAAUACAUAGCAGCUCUCAAGGAGCGAGCGGUACAAAUGAGGGACAGGCUGCUAAGUGAAACUGCGUACCAUAGUGCUGGGGCGCAUCAGGUGGGCGUUCAGACUUACAACAAGGUUAACACGCUAGAGAGUGAUAUAGAUAAGAUACAAUCGAUGCUAAAGGCUCUGGGGCCUGAAAUCAUGUACGAGUUGCAGAAGAGUCGACAGGAGCUUUUACGUCUCUUUGAGACUAAGUAUCUGGGAGCACAAGCGCAAACCCUUCUCUUGCAGGGAUGGAAAGAUUUAGGGUUCACGGCUGGUUUCCCCGGUGGCACUGAAAUUUAUGGCCUGCAAGAUGAAUCCAGCUGUGAGCUCCAGGAGCUCGGUUGCUCACAACCAUAUAGACAAGCCGUGCAGAGUGAACCAUGCACGACCAUCACACCGCUAGAGCUUCUGGGUCUUCUUAGAGUGGGACCAUCCGCAGCUCUAGAUGCUUUGGAAUUAAUUCUACAGCAGUCCGUCAAAAAACCCGAUUUAUCACUCCGGAAAGUUUCGUGGCUCAAUCGGAUGGAAGAGUUUCGCGCCUGGUGUCACAAUCCUUGGUCAUCGCUCCUCUUGGUCGAGGGAUUCCUCGACACUUCACCCUCAGAACGGAUCUCGGCCCUAUCCAUUUUUAACGCAAGCUUCAUACUCAAUAUCGCCUCGAAUCCCUCUUAUAUUACAUUGUUCUUCUUCGCCGGGCUCUACGACUGUACGGGCGCGAGUCGAAAUGCGGAGUUCAUCGGUCCAUGCGGACUCGUUCGCAGCUUGAUUGCUCAAUUGCUCGCCCAUGAAAGCCUUCCUCCACUCGACCUUGGCUUUGUCACGUCGGAGGGAAUCGAAGCAUGUCAACAUAACAACCUUUUGGCUCUGUGCGAGCUAUUCAGGCGCCUCAUCCUCCAAAUCCCCACGGAUAUGCAGGUCUUUUGCAUUCUAGAUGGACUGGUAGUCUACGAGUGUGAACCCCGAUGGAGCGCGGAUAUCGAUUACGUGGCAUCCCUCUUGGAGACACUGGCUGGCAGCACGGGGAUUGAGGGAACACCUGUGGUCAAGACAAUGCUAACGUUCGUCAAUCGAAGCUUGCAGAUCUCAAAGCGGGUCAGUAAGCUGCCAGAUCUCUGGAUACACAUUCCGCUGGUGGGUCGCCGGAUGUAG